AUGUCAUUAUUGUCAGGGCAACGCGCAAGACUACAAGGGAUUGAAGCCUGCGCCCAUAAAACAGGCUCUGCCACAGUGCCUUCAGAGCAGUCUUACAGAUUAACCCAUUUUCUUGAGCUCUAUAUUACGGAAGAUAUCUCAAAGGGUGUCAAUGCUAAAGAAGUGAAGGUCAAUGACGCUCUUUAUGCGGAGGAGAACUAUAUAAAUGGCAAUUUCAACGAGGAGCCAUACUAG